UUUUCUCGAAGUUAAAAAUAAAAACUCGUGAAUUCGAAUAUAUUUCUCAAGACUUGAAGAGAACUACUCUAGAAGCAGAGCACUACAUCGUUUCCAAAAAAGUCGAGUAGUCGGAAAGUCCAUUGAAUUAAAAACAACCAAACAAAAAUACGCGCAAGCAGACGCUCGAACAAAGGCUAUGCAGCCCCAUAACCCUCGCGACGCUCUAAAACGCGAUGCAAAUGCAGCUCCGGCCUUGGCGGAGCAGCCGAGGUACUUCGCUCCGCUUGGCGACCUUAUCUCGAGGGCAAGAAGCGCCUCUGCACUACUGGCCCCGAGCGCUCCGCUGCAGCCCGCAGCCAUAUAACCAAGAAACAGUCUCUCUCUCUCGGAUGCGUUUUUCCGCGACGCGCCGCCGAGGGAGAGAUAACUGCGCGCGCGCUCGAUCUUCUUCUUUCGCGGGCUAUGAGUUUAUUUAUAAGCGGAAACUGUGGCGACUCCGAGGCGACGCUCUUCUUGUAUGGUGUAGUAAAAAGUUUGUAUUGUCCGGGAUUUUCCAGCUGACAUCAGAUAAGAGGUACACAUUUUUUCGCGGUAAAAAAUACUUCGGAGAAUCAUUAACGAGGGGUUGCUCUCCACCUCGAGAUUCAUAUUCAUAUACGGCUUCGUACGUAUAAUAUGCGGUGUGUCAUGCAUAUGAAACGAGUCUUCGUAAUAUUUUCCGAGCGACGAUGCAAAGGAAAGCGCGGGAGGACUCGUUGGCCGACGUCAUUAAACCGCGCGCGUACGCAGAUAUAUUUGCAUAAAAGAAAGUUCGAGCUUUUCCGCGGAAACAUGCAAAACACGGUUCGCGGGUAUUUCCGCCCAUCCUCCGGACUACGCAUUCGAGGUUCUGAAAAUUUUUCGCGUGGUUUGCAACCGGUUGACGUAACUUAUUCGACUUUCACACACCGUAAAAAAAACUCGCUCGCCGAUCUUGCACUCGUCACAGCCAUCGACAUUCCAGUCUACUCGUCCUCCAUAAUUCAAGGCAUCUCCAGCCGAAGUUCGGAACUCCGCAGACGAUGGCUAUUUGCAUUGAAUGCCAUAACUUAUCGCAUCACUUGUGCAGUUCCUGAAAACCGUUCGCGCGCCUAUAACAGUCGCUCGAUGCAUCUUGAUUAAUAACUAGGAAGCACACAGCGCCACAGCACGGCUCUCGAUCCUGUCCCUCUCAUGCUCGCGCGUCUCUUCGCUAUGAUUUAUCCGAUACGCGCCGCGCUCGAGUGUGUACAGCCGAGUGUCUGCGGGUUUUUCUUCUCAAUUUAUCAACGAAAACGGCGCGCGAAGGGUAGUAUAAAAAGAAUGUAAUACCAUAGAAUUUCGCGGUUGCGCUUUUUCCACACCGACGCGCAAAAAUGGAGCAGCUCGGCGAUGCGCGCAUUGUUGCGUGCCGGCAUUUUCAUUCCAUCCGGCGAGAGAUGAAAAAUAUUAUACGACGACGACGAAAGCGAAGGGGGGAGAAAAGAGUUCGAGGUCGGUGCGCUCGCGCUACUGCUACUGCUGUUGUGUGGAUUUUUAACUCUUUCUCUCUCUCUCUUUUACGGGGCUAAAUGUAUUCCGUGCGAACGUGAUUUUUUCGGGAGAGGUCGUUUUUAGAAUGGAGAAUUUUUUUCGCGAAUGCGUUCGACUGCGAAUCGUACAAUAGCAGUGAAGCUGGUCGAUAGUUCGCGCGUUGACGUGGUUACCGAAACUCUCACACGCGCUGGUUAGCUGGUAACCUCGAAAAGCCGACCUACCGCGGCGCGAAGAAGCGAUGUAACUCGUAAGUGUGUCGUGGACCGGAUCGUGUACGAGUGCUUUUCAAUCACGUGAGAAAUUAAAGGCUCGAUGAUGGAAUAAAAUAAAAGCGGCUUCGGAGGCACAUUACCGGGAAACUGCAAUUAACGAAAACAGUCGCCGUUUCCGGGCUCGUCCAACUGGAAAACGCACCUCUGUGAUACAGCUCCCGCGCGCUUACGACGUAUUCACUCGAGCGAAUCGGCAAAGAGAAUAGACCCCGAGUCGGCAGGGGGUGUAUUUAAACGGGCUCCAUAGCAGAUUCGAGUAUUUGUUCUAUUCACAUGCAAAUGAAACGACGUAAUCCGGGACAAUAAGUCCAUCAUCGUGCAGAGAUUAAAGGAGCUCAUACAGUCCACGGUUUUGUUUUUCAAGCUCGCUCGAGGAAAUAUUUAACGUCUCUCUGUGCAAACAACGAGAUCCAAACGCUAUACGUACUCGGGAGAAAAAGUUCUCUCUUUCCCUGAGUGUAAUUAGAGAGGGCGGGUGCGGAAAGGUUCGAUUCAUCGGGGAAAUAAUAUCGUCGUAUAAUUGCUGAACGGAGCAGCUCCUCCCCCACACCGACGCCCAUAAACUUCAUUAGCGCGCGAUGACGAGUGCAUUACGAAUUUGCGCUGCGGACUUAUAGGAUUAUAGACUCCGCCCACACUGUGCACUUAUUAGCUCUUGACCGACGAUCCCUUGAGGACGGCGUUGCUAAUUAGAGCGAGAACUGCUUCCGUAGCUCUGCGUUUCGGAAUUCGAAUUUAGUGGAGCUCCGUCACUUGCAACGCUGAGACUUUCUCUCUCGGUAUCGUCCGAAGCUCGCGAAAAGUUUGAAAGGGACGUCGCUCGUACGGCACGCAGGCGCUUUGAUCGGCGAGAAGCAAUAUCCUAACUUCUGACUGAAAUAAACAGGCAGCCUUCGGCAACGAUGGACCCCGAACACGAGCAAAAGGAGGAGAUCAGCGCGGAAUUCGCCCUCCACGACGCGAUGGACUGUAUCUUGCAAUAUCUCAACACGAGGGAUCUGUGCCGAGCGGCGCAAGUCUCCAGGGCUUGGAACGAGGCUGUGAAAUUGGAGUUCUCCAGGCGCGGUCCAGAGAUAGUCCGGCUACCGGACACCUACGACUCAAGACUGACCAACGCCAAUGGGCCGAAGUUCUUCGCGUCCAAUGAACUGAGGUCCAAGCCCGAGUUUACUCUGAUGUUGUGCGGACCUACGCCCCGUACCCGGAUAUACUUGAACGUCGAGACAAGCUUGAUGACCGCGUACAAGCCUCAUUUACCGGGUCGUUUGAUGAUCAUCGCCGUGGACGCGGCGAUGCUGGACGCAGAAGAGAUCAAAAGCUGCCCGCGGAGUAUGUCGGCUGAAUUUGCCAAGACCAACGGUAUCGUCGCCUUCUUGCUGCCGAAAUUCCGACAAGUCCAGAUAAAGGUUGGCUUCUGCGCGUCUCACACGGACCGGCCCAGCAAGAGAGCCAAAAGGGUCGUCCACUCCAUCAUGCCGGACGACUGGAACAGCGAGUCCACGAUACUGCUUUUUGGCAGGAUCUACUACACCAUCCACGAGCACGUGCUCUCCACCAUAAAAAAAAAGUUCAAACCGAACUCGUACACAGUCUGGGGCGGAUCAACGUCGGAUUACAUCAAGAUAAUCGACUGCUUGGGCGACGAGUAUCCGUCCUACAUGGGCAUGGAGGGCUGCGUCGCCAUCAAUUUCUCGGGUAUCGAAAGGCACUCGGCCGUCAUCGCAAUGAACCAAAGGGUAUCAGGGUUCGAAAGCGAUGUGGCCGAGUUCGCGAAAGGACUGAAGCCGAAGCUCAAACGAUGCAACAAGGGUCUGAUCUGCGGACCCCGAAACAGUGUACACGAACACUGGACACGUUUCCGCGAGAAAUGCAACUAUACAAUUUGGAUGAACAUCGUCAAGAAGUACUUUCCGAAUGUAACUUUCAUGGGCUUCUUCAACGUAAGCGACCUUCAUUAUAUCGGGAUGAAUACUGGACAGGACGAUGCCGAUCAGAAGAUGCUGCACGAACUGGCCGUGUCGAUAUUGAUUUUAACCCACGACUAAGGAGCGCUUAGUCAGACUGAUUUACAUUAAUUUUUAACGCCGGCUUGUCCGCGGCCUGCCACCGAAUUGUACAUAUUAUUAUUAUCAUGUAUUUAGGAGAGAAACUGUUUGUACACGAUCUCCUUUUAUUGCCAUUUUAUCGACUUUGUGACAAUUGUAAAGGACCUGACCUAGUUGCAAUAUUAUAGUUUCUACGUUUUGACGACAUCACAUUAGAGAAAUAAAAGCGUUUUAUACAAUACAGCA